UGCACGGCUCGCGCCAUCUUUCUGCCUUCAAAACUUCCAGUGGAACGAGCACAGAAUUACAACGAGAAAAAAGAAGAUCACACGAGCUAACCGGGGAAUACGGACUAAAGACAAUGAUGAUAAAAUAACUUGUUGGACCCAGGUGGAAGCUAAAAGGAUCCAAGACGAACAAGGACGAAGGAACAAAAAGGAUAUUUUUUCUGAUUUUGUUGUUGUUGUUUGAGCUCUUAUAUUCUCUCUGCUGUGCUGACAGCAUAAAAGAAGACUACAGGAAUGAAGUACAACUACCACGUGCCAGUGUCAACGUACACACGGCAUUCUCAGUACAUCCCAACUUACCACACACCUUCACAUUAUGCAUCCAGUCACUACACACCAUCGUACACAUCGACAUCAAAAUACACCCCGACCCAGUAUAGUAGUACACAUUACACCCCGUCAUACUACACACCCUCCUACAAUUCUACAUCAACAUACAUCCCCACCCGCUACAGCUCAACGCAGAGUACCCAAAGGCGAGAAAAUCCUGCUCCUGCGAGACCUAUCAUACCUGCUAAGAGGACUGUGCACUUUCCGAAUGACAUCAUCUUCCAGGAUGUUGUUAGACGGGGAGAAUUGGCGCAAAUUGGUCGCUUCAUCAGAUCGAGGAAGGUUCGUGUGGAUACGCUCUUCCCAUCAGGUAUGGCAGCGAUACAUGAAGCGGUGCUGACGGGGAAUCUGGAAGUGGUGACGCUGCUGGUUAAGUUUGGUGCUGAUGUCAAUCAGAGGGAUGAGGAAGGCUGGACACCUCUUCACAUGGCCUGCAGUGACGGCUAUCCCGAGAUUGCCAGCUAUCUCCUUGCGCUGGGAGCCAACAAAGAGGCAGAAAAUGAGAACGGAGAGAAACCGGCCGACCUCAUUGACCCCGACUGCACAGCGUUGUCUAAACUUUUCGAGGCUGGCUGCGUGUAAUUAGGCACUUCUUAGUCAUAGGAGUGAAGCUUGGAAAAUAGUUUCUUUUUUUCCAAAGGGGUUUUACACAGAACUUGCUACUGACGACAAUGGGAAUUUGUCAUGUUUUUUUAAAUAUAUCAUUUGGGAGCUGCAGCUGUUCUCUAAUGAGUCACUUUUUUAUUUCUAUUUCUGUGUUUCUGCUCUGCUGUUAGUAGGUGGCUGACAGUAACUCCCUUUUCCGUUUAACCUUACCAGUAUAACGCAAUGUCCAAAAUGUAUCGCUGAAUGGAAAUAUUAUGAGUUAUGUCAUGGUGUAAGCACUUUUUGUGAAUUACUUCCAGUAUUCUUGAAAUUAAUUUAAAAUGGGGGAUUUGAGAUGUUUGUCUUCCAUUCAGUCAAGGUUUAUUUGUGUAAAUUCUAGCUGCUGGGCAGAAAGAGGAGCAUCAAAAUGAUAAAUUAUUACUUCAGUCAGGAAAAUCUUGAUGCUCUUCAUCUACUGCUGUACAAUUUCCCCAUUAUAUAUAUAAGUAUAUUUUCGUCAUAAAGACUAUGCUGAAUAAAAUAAUGUCAGCAAGGAAA